AUGUCAAAGGCAAAGGGUAAAGAAAAAGAGGAGCUUGCUGAGACAAUGGAUAAGCUAAAUAUUGAGGGAUCAUCAUCUGGCCAGGCUGGGACUUCGUCAACCAACUUCAAGAGAAAACCAGUUAUCAUCAUUGUUGUAGGGAUGGUUGUUUCUGUUAUCGAGAAGCGAGCUGAUCAGCUUGAUUAUGUUCUUGUGGAUACUCCUGGACAAAUUGAAAUAUUUACUUGGUCUGCUUCUGGUGCUAUUACUACAGAAGCUUUUGCUUCAACCUUCCCUACUGUUGUCACUUAUGUAGUUGAUACGCCUCGUUCCUCAAGUCCAGACACUUUCAUGAGCAAUAUGUUAUAUGCUUGUAGUAUACUUUACAAGACAAGGUUGCCUCUUGUGCUGGCAUUCAACAAGACUGAUGUGGCUCAACAUCAAUUUGCCUUGGAGUGGAUGGAUGACUUUGAGGCCUUUCACGCAGCAGUAAGUUCAGACAGCUCAUACACAUCUACUCUAACUCAGAGCCUUGCCCUUGUGCUGGAUGAGUUCUACAAGAAUUUACGGUCAGUUGGUGUGUCUGCUGUUUCUGGUGCUGGAAUAGAUGCCUUCUUCAAGGCCAUUGAAGCAAGUGCCGAGGCUGAUCUUGACAAGAGAUGGGCAGAGAAGCAACGUUUGGAGGAAGAUCGCAGGAAGGAGAACUUGGAUAAAUUGAGGAAGGAUAUGGAGAAAUCUGGGGGAGAAACUGUUGUCUUGAGCACUGGUCUGAAGGACAAAGGAGAUAGGAGUAAAACCAUGAUGGAUGAGGAAGAUGAAGAAAUAGAAGAUGAUGAUGAUGAUGAUUAUGAGAGAUUUACUGAUGAUGAAGAUGCUAUAGAUGAGGAUGAGGAUGAAGAUGAAGAAGUUUCCAAAUUCUCCUUUUAG